AACUAAACGCAUGCGCAUAUUACGGCCCCAGUCCUUUGACGCUAUUUGAAACAUCGCAGGACUGUUUUUCUUCAGACAAAUGGAAGGCGAAGAGGACGAAUUCUUCUCCGGGAACCACUCUGGUUUGAAGGACAUCCCACAUAUGCUGAGGACUUGUUGGCUGCUUUUCCUUCUCUGCGUUCCGACUCAUCCCAAACCAUCUCAAUUGGGUUGAGGCCCGGCGAUUGCGGAGGCCAGGUCAUCUGGUGCAGAACUCCAUCACUCCAUCCUUCGUGAUGGUGGUGGCACCCCUGUACAGGAUGAAAAUGCUCCUGGUUCAGAUGCGGAAGAGGAGACAAGAAAUGAGUCGUGCCACUCAGAGGAUGAGAAUAGUCAUGGUGAGGCAGCAGCUCAGGCCAUGGAGACAAAUGGUUUGGCCAGUGGGUCAGACAACGAGGGCCACAAAAGGGAGGACAGUGACUCUGAGGAGGAGGCACCAGUCAAACGCAGCACCUCAGACAUAGAGUGCACCCCCCCAACCAAACGCAGAGGCAGCAACUCGGACAUUGAGGGGCCCCCAAUCAAACACAGAGGCUGUACCUCUGACAUGGAGGAGAAAGAAACCAAGCAGGCUGCAGCCGGGAGUGACUCUGAGAACGAGGAUCAGCCCCCGUCUCCAUCACGGAGCAGACACUCAAAUGCACGCAGUGAUUCUGAGACUGAGGUGCCCAAACACAAAGCGCAGAUCAAGUCUGAUGGAAAGGAGGAGGAGUGCGGUGAGAAGAAAGGGAAGUGGAAGGCUGUAAUGCAUUCCGAUAGUGAGGAUGAGGUGGAGGCUCGGUCAGUGAAAGCAGCUGCAGGCAGUGGCCAGGAGACGGAUAGUCCCGCAAAACGGGUGGUGGACUAUAGUGAGGAUGAUGACGCAAUGCCAAUGAAGAGGAAGAAAGCCAUCCUGUCAGACAGUGAAGAUGAGGAGGAAAAGGCUGACGAACCAGCGUCGAAGAAGAGCCGCACCGUAUCUGACGACGAGAACUCUGACAGUAACGCAGGCUCAGAAGCGCCCGACAAAACCAUGGCCAAACUGCGGGAACUGGGCUCAGAAAGCGAAGACGAGGAUGAUGGACAGAAGGCGACAGGAGGGAAGGAUGAGAAAACACUGUUUGGUAGCGACAGCGAAUCGGGUGACGAGGAAGAGAAAAUGAUUGCAGACAUUUUUGGUGACUCAGGUGAUGAAGAGGGGGAAGAGUUUACGGGUUUCAAUCAGGAGGAUCUGGAGGGGGAUAAGAACCAAUCACAGGCCUCGGCAAAGAAAGCAAUGGAAGACGACUCGGACUCUGACGAGGGCGUGGACAGGGGUGGUGUCCAAGACACCAGCUUCAUGUCAGACUUUGACGUGAUGCUGGCUCGUAAGAAGGCCCAGAGCGGGAAGCGACGACGGAACCGCGACGGGGGAACGUUCAUAAGUGAUGCUGAUGAUGUGGUCAGUGCCAUGAUCACCAAGAUGACAGAGGCUGCAGAGGAGGACAGAACACUGAAUGCUCAGAAGAAGCCAGCCUUAAAAAAGCUGACCCUCCUCCCCACUGUAGUUAUGCACCUGAAAAAGCAAGACCUCAAGGAGACGUUCAUCGACAGUGGAGUGAUGUUGGCCAUCAAGGAGUGGAUUGGCCCGCUGCCAGACAAGAGUCUCCCGGCCCUCAAAAUCAGAGAGGAUCUCCUCAAGAUCCUACAGGAACUCCCCAGCGUGAGUCAGGAGACUCUUAAACACAGCGGGAUUGGCCGAGCCGUCAUGUUCCUCUACAAACACCCCAAGGAGUCGCGCCCCAACAAGGACCUCGCCCUCAAACUCAUCAACGAGUGGUCCCGCCCCAUCUUUGGCCUGACAUCCAACUACAAGGGCAUGACGCGCGAGGAGAGACAACAGAGAGACCUUGACCAGCAAAUGCCGCAAAAAAGACUCCUCAGCUCAGGGGGACAGACUCCUCAUAGAGACCUGGAGAAAGUACUGACAGGAGAAGAGAAAGCUCUGCGCCCAGGCGACCCUGGGUUCUGUGCCCGAGCCAGGGUGCCUAUGCCAUCCAACAAGGACUACGUUGUGCGGCCCAAAUGGAACGUAGAGAGCGAGUCCAGAGCAGCCCCGGUUAAGAAGGGCAUGUCACGGGUGGACAAACAGUUGCGUCGCUUUGCCGACAUCAAGCGUAUGACGAAGACUGGUCACGCAGUGAAAAUCAGCGUCCAGGGCAACCAGAUGCCCCUCUGAUUUUUAAAACUUCUAGUUUUUUUCAGACUUUUUUUAUUUAUCCUUUUUUAUAUGUUGCUCCUAUAGCAUGGUCCCAGUUCAAAUUAUUGUUCAUUACUUUCUUGAAGUGAUUGGCUACAAGAAAGCAUAGGUUUCAAUUCAGAGCUGUGAUUAUUCCAAGGAAGGGAUGAUAGAAUAAUGCAAUUAUUUCUUUGAUUUGGGCCAGGGUCCCAGUUCUGUGUGCUUUAGCCAACUCCUCUAACUAGCAUGACAAUGUUUAGAAGAGUUGGCUAAAGCACAUGGGACCAUUCCCUAUUACAAACCCCCUCAGCCCACCCUGAAUGUAUGAUAGUGGUGUGGAUUCACAGGCUGGUUGGCCUUCGGUCCUCUAGACUGGGAUAGAUUCAAUACGGAGUGUGGAAGAUUCACGUUGUAGCGCGAUUGAGCAGACAUUUAGCGUUUACCAAACAUUGCCCUUAAAUUGCAAUUGCUCCAUAUUGAAUAUACAUUAGGCCUUCAUUGUUUUACUUUGUUUCUGAAGAAGCUGGACAGACUUAGGAGCUUGCCUGUGUGCUGGUUGGUUCCGAAGUUACUUUCAUAAUAAAGAGGGUUUCACCAGA